GCUACGUCACAUCCGCCGUUUCCCCUCCGGACCGGAAGUACAGUUAAUUUUUAUUCACAGGAAGGAAAAAAAAAAACAAACAGCUGUUGUUGAGAAAGAAAACAUCAAAGAUGCCAGCCCCAAAGAGAGGAUCAUCUCCUCAUGAUUCUCAGCCCAAGAUGAGGAAGUUGGAUGAGGACGGGGAGGAUCUGCCAUCCAAAACUGCACCAGCUUCCAACAAUAGAUCCGUUAUAACAGGAAAUACACUAGAAAACACAGCAGCCCCUCGGACUAAGAAAAAACUGUGUGCUUCGGCAGAAGGGGGGAAUAAACCAGCAUCCAUACAGAGUUCUCCUCCAAAGGAUUCCAGCAAAACCAUCUCUGAUCCACCUCUCAAAAAAGCCAAGCUCCUGAAAGCCACAAGUGCCUCCUGCGGAGAAGCUCCCUCACCGAAAGCUAACUCCAAAGCUUCCCUGAAGCGAACAGCCUCCACAGAGUCUGAGGAUGAUUUGAGUAGUGACAGCAGUAAGACUGACCUGUUCAGAGAGAGGGACGAUGGCGACAAGGCCCGCUGCGUCAGACAAUAUUCAAAUCGAGUCAAAGCUAAGCGCAAGGUUGAAGAGUCGACGUCCGACCCCCAGGAGACAAGCCAAGGGUCACCAUCUGCACCUGAAGACCCUGUUCAGAUGGAACACAAUUAUGGUAGAUUUUCAGAUUCAGUUAUAGAAAAGGAGAGACAACAAUCUGUCACUGAACAAGAGAGGCAAGAAGUGUCAGUUAAUGCAACACAAGCAGAGUCAAAGGAAGCUCUAGACUCUGUAAGAGGGAGUGCAAAAGCUAGCAUUGAAUCUGAGUGUGCAGCUGAUGGAAGUAAACACGAGGAAUUUAAAAAUGUAGAAAAACUCACAGAUAAUGACGCACUAGUAUCAUGUAGAGAAAUAUUAGACUCUGUCACUGCAGGGUCGCCUUGUAUCACAUCUGGGGCUGGGGGAAAUGAAAAGACGGACUUUGCCAUUAAAAGCCAAAAGGAUGUAGAUACUGAAACAAUUGUGACAUCAGUGGAAACACUAUAUUCUUGUACUGAAGUGGCAAAUCCAGCCUGGGAAGGUGAUGAAUGGACAGCUUGUAGAAGUGAGACAGACGUGAGCAGUGAAACUGCAACAAAGGAGACCACAGAGUCUGUUUCUGAGGAGGUAAAGCUGGAUGUAAAAUGUGAAAGUAAGGAAGGAGAGCAGGAAGUGAUUGAAGCAGCAAGUGUCUCUGCACACCACAGUGAUGUAGAAGAUAAGGCAUCGUCAAACGAAACAAACUCUGCACCAGAAGAGAUCAUGGUAGCAGUAAGUAGUAAUCCAGAGAGUCAGACGGAGGAAAAUCUAGCAACAGAGUCUGCUGGCAAUCCAGAGACUCAAACAGACCUCAGUGUGAAAAUUCAAGUUACUUUCAAAGAGGAAUCAAAAUCUGAGGAUCGAGUGAGCCAUGAAGUGCCAGAUACAAUUACCAACUCGUGUGAUGGUGUGAACAAACUAGUCAGAAAGUCUGAAGAAAAGCUUGGAGAAAGUGAAAGGAGAGGAGGCGACUUCCUGUCGAGUCAGCCUGUUGCCAGUCCUGGAUCUUUUGCUGAGCUACAACUGAGCCAAGAGGUGAUCGACAAGACAAGUGACAGCUGUACUGAGAUACUGACGCCAGAUUGUGAGUCUGUUCCUGAGCAAAAUCGAAGCGAGGCGCUCCCCGAUGGUGUCACAGUCUCAGAGGGUCAGAUAGACGUGGACAUGCAGACUAAAAUAACAUCAGAGCAGAGGUCUGACUUGGCACCUAAAGAGGAUAAACACAAAGCAAAAGACCACACUACAGAAAUACCUGAAGUCAAAGAAAAUGCAAAGACAAGUAAAGAAAAAGAGAUGGACUUUGAAUGUGCCACUGCAACACCAGAACAGGAGAUCUCUAAUCAAGCGGCUACAGUGGAAGAACAAAGCCAAAAGAGCCAAGAAGUCAGUGAACGUGCCACAGACACAUCUACAGGAUUUAAUAAGGAUCAUGUGUUAAAUUCUAAAAUAAUGGAUAAUGAAGAUGAGAAGUUUGAACGUACUAGUAAUGGACCUGAGAGACAGACUACAACGGUAUCUGAGAUUUCUAAUCCUGCAUCUACAAUGGAGGUACAAAGCCAGGAGAGGCCAGGAGACAGUGAAUGCACCACGGACAUGUCUGCUAAAGCGCAGAAACAUCCUGUUGCAAAUUGUCAUAGCGACAAAGAUGAAGGCAGCGUUGAUGCUGAGAAUCAAAUAGAAGUGACUACGACAACAUCAGAGGAGAUUUCUAACGUUGCACCUACAGUGGAAAUACAAAGCCAGGAGGUCAGUGAACCUACCAUGGACAUAUCUGCUGAACUUCAUGAGGAAGAAAAAAAGGUAAACUGUGAAUCUGUGACUGUACCAGAAAAGGAAAUGCAGACUACAUCGACAUCAAAGGUUUCAAAUUCAGCCGCUCCAGUGGGAAUACGGAAAAGCCAAAUAGAAGUGGACCUGCAGACUACAACAGCAUCAGAGGAGAUGUCUAACACAGCACCUACAGUGGAAAUACAAAAACAGGAAAAUCAAAAUGAAGUGAAUAUGGAAAUUUCUAACAUUGCACCUACAGUGGAAAUACAAAGAAAGGAAGUCAGUGAACCUACCACAAACAUAUCUACUGUACUUCACGAGGAAGAAAACAAGGUGGUGUUUAAAUAUGUGUCUGUACCAGAGAGUGAAAUGGAAAUGCAGACUACAUCCACAUCAGAGGUUUCAAAUCCAGCCGCUUCAGUGGAAAUACAGAAAAGCCAAACAGAAGUGGAUAUGCAGACUACAACAGUAUUGGAGGAGAUGUCUAACACAGCACCUACAGUAGAAACACAGGCCCAGAGGAGCCAAGAAGUCAGUGAACCUACCACAGAUGUAUCUACUGAACUUCAUGAGGAAGAAAACAAGGUGAUCUUUGAACCUGUGGCUCUACCAGAGAGUCAAAUCCAAGUGGACAUGCAGGCUACAUCUUCAUCAGAGGUUUCAAAUCCAGCCGCUUCAGUGGAAAUACAGAAAAGCCAAAUAGAAGUGUACAUGCAGACUACAACAGCAUCAGAGGAGAUAUCUAACAUGGCACCUUCAGUGGAAACACAGGCCCAGAGGAGCCAAGAAGUCAUUGAACUGGCAACAGACAUAACUAGUGAACUUCAUGAGGAAGAAAACAAGGUAAACUUUGAAUCUGUGACCGUACCAGAAAUGGAAAUGCAGACUACAUCGACAUCAGAGGUUUCAAAUCCAGCUUCAGCGGAAAUACAGACAAGCCAAAUAGAAGUGGACAUGCAGACUACAAAGACAUCAGAGGAGAUAUCUAACACAGCACCUACAGUGGAAACACAAAGUCCAUAUGAAGUGACCGCAGCGACAUCAGUGGAGAUUUCUAACAUGGCACCUGCAGUAGAAACACAGGCCCAGAGGAGCCAAGACGUCAUUGAACCUGCAACAUACAUAUCUGAGAAAGCUCAAGAAGGUCCAAUGAUUCAGACUCCUGAGAGUGAUGGAAAUGAAAACAAGGUUAUCACAGAAUACGUCAGUGCAACUGGGAAUCAAAGAGAAAUGGAUUUGCAGACACCAGAAGAGACUUCUGAUCCAAGAACUACAGUAGAAACACAAAACCAGAGAGGUCAGGAGGUCAGUGAACUCACCACAGAUGUUGCAAUGCUAAAAGAUGUUAUUGUUGCCAAUACUGAGAGUGAAGAAAAGGUUAUCGCAGAACAUGCGGAUGCUACUGAGAGUCAAAUAGAAAUGGAUGCGCAAACAACAGCGACACCAGAGGAGAUUUCUAAUCCACCACCUGCAGUGGAAAUACAAAGCCGGGGGAGCCGGGAGGUCAGUGAACUCAACACAGGUGUUCAGUGUCAGCGUAAAGAAAAUGAAGACAAGGUUACUGCUGAAUGUGUUGAUGUUCCGGAGGUUCACAUAAAUAUGGAAACUACUACAACACCAGAGGAUAUUUCUAAUGCAGCAGAGCAGAAAAACCAAGUGAUGGCGGACGUCGAUGAACCCGCUAUGGCCUUAUCAAAUGAAACUCACAAACCUCUUCCUGUGGCUGAACGUAAGGAUAAUGCAAACAUGCAGACGGAGCAUAGUGCUGAGGAUAUCCAGGGGGAUAUGGAUGUAAUAAGUGGAUCAAUAGGAAGGGUAGAUUCUGCUUUCGAAGAGGAAACAGGGAGGCAAGUGACUAAUGAGGUCAAAGAAGAGGCUGCAAUCAUUUCCUCUGAUAAGGCUGUCAAUAAUAUUGAAGGACACGGAGAGGGAACUGGAAGCAAUGAAGUAAUAGUUUUUGUUUGUGACCAACCGGAUGAUGUUGCAAUUCAGGCAUCAGAAGAGAAGAUUAAGACGGUUGAGAUUCAUGAAAACCAGAUAGUGUAUGAGCCCAUUAGCAGCCCGGAGAGUAAUGAUGGUAGAGAGUUUCCUACAGUGUCAGAGAACCACGAUGGCAUGUCUUUACUGGACAUACAGGACACGCAGCACAUGGAAGGAGAUUCAUCCACUAAUGAAGAAAACAGCCGUAACCAACAACUGGAAAAUGCUGCGCCACAGAUUUGUGCCUCAGACAGCCGAGAAGUUGAAAUGGAAGUGCCAGAAAGUUGCGUCCCUGCACAGUCGGAGCAGAGUAACAUGAACGUGGAUGUGAAACAAGUCGCGGUGAUCAGCUCUAGCGAUGACAUCAGCGCGCCAGAUGGCCAGUCAGAGGAUGCACCAGAAAGUAGUGAAAGGAACGGGUAUCCAGACUGCGCUACAGAGUUCCCAGAACAGGUGCAGGAGGACGCUGGACUUCAGGAGGACGCAGAUGUCACGGUGACGACGACUACGGCCACCACUGAAGUUGAAAUACCAGAUAGCACAUCUGAGGAGUUUGUGAUCUUAGAGCCGGUCCCAGGGGGUGAAAUUCACUUUGAUAUUGUCACUCAAGCAGCAACCGAGUCGGGUUUGUCGGCCUCGCUUUCAGACCAGGUGGAUCCAGACAGUGCUUUGGAAGGCGACGUGGAAAAUGAAAAUGGUUCCCAACAAAUCGAAGUGCAGCAAUGUCAAACAACCGAUGAGAUCAAAGAGACGAAUUCAAGUGAGGUUUUAGAUCACGGGACCGGGAUUGGGACAGAAAUCUCAACUGAGGAAGGUGUUGAAGGUAUUCAAAAUUCUGACCACGUGAUGGACGUUAAUACCUCAGAGACUGAGAUGGCAAACUCUCACGCUCAAGUCACCAAUGAAGACUGCAACGCACUGGUGAUAGAGAAUGCUGAGGCUAAUUUGGACCUGCAAGAAGUGCAGAUUCUGGGGGAUAUAGAGAUCGGCCGUGAGAUCGUAGUAGCAGAGGAAGAUAACGAUGACGAUAGUGAUAUUACAAUAAUAGAAAAACCCCAGGAAACACCAGAGGCAGCCCCUCCGAGUCCGAAAAAGUCUGAGAAAACAGUUAAAGAGAAAACUAAAGACGACAGCUUGAAGCAAAACCGCACAGCUGAAAAGGGUGGAGGUGAUAAAAAGGGACAGGAGGCAGAAAAACCCAAGAAACAAGAGAUGAACACACAGGCCAGAACCAAAGCCCGUCUGGCAGCUCUGGCUGAGCAAAAGGCUGCAGCGGCUAAGAGAACGGCAAACAGACAGCAGCUGAACCUCUUAGCUUUGUGUCACGAGAUUGCAGAAGACAUCGCUACGGACAGCAUGCUGCUGAAGAGGAUAGAAGAAGAAAAACAAGCAGCAGCGGUGGUGGCGGCGGCAGCAGCAGCAGCAGCAGCAGCAGCCAAGAGUGAAGCCAGCAAGAAGGAAAGUCCACCUGUUAACACGCAGGAGGCAGACGCUGUUACUGUCACGACUCCUGCUGGACCAGAAGGCAGCUCUGCUUCGGUGACCCCCGCUGUGGAGGCACCCACAGCCAAGCCCUCCACAGCGGAUUCAGCCAAUGCUAAGCCCGCUGUAGAGCCUCCAAAGAGGCGUUUCUUCGUCACACAGAUCACAGUGCCGCUAAAAGCCCACGAGAAAAAGAAGCUGACUAGAUAUCAAAGACUCAGACAGGUUGAGCUGCAGAGAGAGAAAAUGUCUUGGGCGCGUGUGAAAAAACUUAAAUCUGACCAAGCAAAUCAGAUGUUUUCAGACAUGGACUGGGAUGUGUCUCCAUUCUCAGUGAGUCCUGUGACCACAGCUCCUCCACCCGCAGCAAGUCCGGCGAAAACGCCUCUCCCGAGUCCUGCCUCGACCAGCACCACCCAGGCAGAAACCCCCAAGGUUGACACACCCAAGGCUGAACCCAGUAAGACUGAAAGAGAAACCUCCAAAAUUGAACCCACUAAAUCUGAACCUGACAAAGAGACAGAAGCCUCCAAAACUGGGACUCCUAACGCUGGAACACGUAAAUCCACGAGGCAAAGUAAGCCUAUAAUUCCUAAAGAGACCCCCACUCCGGGUCCCGCCCCAAAAGUGACCAGAUCCGCAGCCAAGAGGACCCUCCCAGCAAUACCCCCGCCCAUGCCCAACGGACUCAACGCUCCAAAACCGAAGCCUGUUGAGUACAAGCCGUACAGACCGAGGCCCAAGUAUUCCUUUGAUGACUUUGAGCUAGAUGACGACCCAGUACCAGCAGCUCCAAUAAGGCCCGGUCCUCAGGCGAGGCCUGCACAGCCGAGGCCCGCACAGGCAAGGCCCGCACAGCCGAGGCCCGCACAGCCGACACGACCUAAUCAGUCAAACCCCGCCGCCGCUCAAUCUAAACCCACAGUUCAGUCAAGACCCACAGUUUCAUCACAUCCGGCCAACCAGGCACAACUCAAAGCUCAGACCACACCUGCUAGACAGAUCUCAGGUCAGUCAAAGCCCACUGUAGCAGCUACGGCUCAGUCGAAACCUGCCGCUUCCACCGCUCCACAGUUAAAGCCCGCCAUUCCAACAACACGGCAGCCACAGGCCGCAACUUCUUCAAAACAUGUUCCUCCAGUUAGAACUCAAUUAAAGUCUCCUGUAUUGACGACGCCUCAGUCAAAAGCUGCUUCAGCUCCGGGUCAGUCCAAGUCUGCUGCUACUGCUGCUGCUUCACCCCAGUUAAAGCCUGCUGUUAGUGGAAGUUCAGCUCAGCUCCAGCAGUCAGCAGCGCUUCAGACUGCUGGUUCAUCCACAUCUGAGACGAAGCCUGCUGCUCCUCAGGCCGAUUCACUGCCUCACAAAACCCCAAAUCCACCGUCAUCACAAGAUGGCAAAUGCAAGGAUACAGCUCAUCCCACCUCUUCCCUUCCCUCUGAAGACAACUCAAAAGUGUCUGACGACACACUGAAGUGUGAAGAAAAGCCUGCAGUCGCUGACGUUGAUCCUCCUCCUCCGGAGCACAAGACAGAACCAGUCGACACAACCAAGAAGACGUCGGACGGACCUCAAGACAGAGCAGCGGAGCCGCAGGAUGGCAGGACUCCUCUUUCUGAUGCUUGUCUGCAGAAAGAAGUCAAGAAACUAAAGGAGGCCGACAAAGACAGCACCCAAACCAUUAUUGACGCAGGACAGAAGCAUUUUGGAGCCGUGGCCUGCAGCGUGUGUGGGAUGCUCUACUCUGCUGCCAACCCUGAAGAUGAAUCUCAACAUUUACUCUUCCACAACCAGUUCAUCAGCGCUGUCAAAUACGUGGGAUGGAAGAAAGAGAGGAUACUGGCAGAGUAUCCUGACGGCAAGAUCAUUCUUGUCCUGCCAGAUGAUCCCAAAUAUGCUCUGAAGAAGGUGGAGGAGAUCAGGGAGAUGGUGGACAACGACCUCGGCUUCCAGCAGGUGGAGACCAAGUGUCCCUCUCAGACCAAGACCUUCCUCUUCAUCUCCAAUGAUAGGAAAGUGGGAGGAUGCCUUAUAGCAGAGCACAUACAAGAGGGAUACCGGGUAAUCGAGGAGCCAGAACCGGAGGGUUCAGAGGGAGAGAAGGUGAUGUUUGAACGUCAGAGAGCCUGGUGCUGCUCCACGACGGCGGAGCCGGCGAUCUGUGGCAUCAGCCGCAUCUGGGUGGUCAACAUGAUGAGACGCCAGGGCAUCGCAUCGCGCAUGCUCGAGUGCCUCAGGAACGACUUCAUAUUCGGUUCGUACCUGAGCAAAGACGAGAUCGCUUUCUCCGACCCCACACCUGAUGGAAAACUCUUCGCCACGCAUUAUUUUGGCACAUCCCAGUUUUUGGUUUAUAACUUUGUGAGUGGAACUCGUUCGGCCCCGCCCAACACUGACGCAGUAUGACAGUCUCCAGGAACGGUAACGAUGGAUUUGACUGAGACGCCCGCUGGCCAACGGGAGGCGCCAUCACUGAACGGUGUCUGAUGCAGAAUCUGUAUUUGCAACAAUUUAAAAAAACAAACUGUAAAUUACUCCUUGAAGAGGACACACAUUGGUUUAAAUCUCAGGAUGAAAACAACAAGGUGUUGUUGAAAAAUUUUAUUAAUUCGCCCUUUAAUCCUUCCCCGAAUUGUAUUUUGGAAGAAAAAUAAUAUUUUCUUUAUACAUUUUUAAGUAAACAAUUGGUUUUGUUAGAAGUAUAGAGUUUACAUGCAUGACCUGACAGCAAUAGGAAACAUUUCAUUGACUUUGUUUUAAUUCCUGAGAAGCAUAAGGUCGCAUUGAAUAAAAUGGUAAAUCAGGGCGCUUUCACAAGUCAAAGUCUGUUUGGCUGGUCCGAAUCAGAGGGAAAACCUAUAUUUUGGUUGGAUUUCUAUUCAGUCUGGUUCAGUUUCACAAUGCACAAAUUAAGCAGACCACAUUAAAGAAAAUAAUUUGCUGAGGGGCGAGUUUAUCUUUUUUUGAGCUGCCACUUUUAUGCGGGGAAUCACAGAUAUUGCUGUCAAAGUUUUUUAACUUUGACUCGGCACUGAUCUACUGUAUGCACAAAUUCCUUCUCGAAUGACUUGAUGAUCAUCACUCUUUGUAUGGACUUUAUUUAACAUAUUCUGUAUGUUCUCUUUGGCCCAGAUGUCAAGCAAGCAUCUGACUUCCGCAGAAGUCUAGGUCAGUCCUUUCCCACUCAUGUUAACCUGUCGUUUACCUGUGUCCAUCUCAACAAAUGGCCGCACAUGCAGCCUAUGUUUUGGUUCGCAAGCGCUCUCGGACUGUUUCCAAGCAUUGUUUUUGUCCGCACCAGAGUACGAUUACUGCGUCCACAACCACCCAAACGAACCGCACCAGAGUUUGAUUAAAAACAGACUAAAUGUUGGCUUGUGAAAGCGCCCUUAGAGUUUUGUCCUCAUUCUGUUUUGACAUUUUUACUCACAUGACAUAGUAAACUAUAUGUACAUUGAGGGAUUUUUCAUGUUCAUCUCCUAACAGUGGAAAGUGAUGCUGCCGUUGUCUCAAGUUGUGCUCUAAGCAUCAGCGAUAACGCUUAAAGGGCGGUUAAAGUUUUCGUUUUUUUUCCACAUCAGUCCCCCCCUAAUUUCACUGUCAUGUUUUAUUCUAACAUUUCAAACUGAUCAUCCAAACCAAGGGAUUUUAAUCAGAGAGUCUCAUUUCAACAAUCUGCUUGAAGAGAUGUGGGUGAGAAAUGUAGCUUGGGCAUUACUUGUGUGCUCUUCUUAGAUCACCUUGCCUGAAACGUUUCCGAGCUGAGCCAUAUACUGGACACCAUUUUGCAGGGCAUUGUAGCCUAAACUGUAUGAGUGAUGUCUUAUAAUUUCACCGAGGCUGUCUAUUGCUUUGUUUGUGCCUGAAUGAAUAAUGUGUGACUUAAGAUUUUUUUGUUUUUCUUAGCCAUAAAUUAUGGCUUUUUUAUUGAGUUAGUGUAGAGUAUCAUCCUUCUAUUCCUUAGUAACAACAAAUUAAAAUGUAUAUCAAAUUAUCAUGUAGAGUUAUGCAUAUUAUAACAUGUAUAAUGGAUGAGCAAGGCCUUAAGGCUCCGGUGUUAAAUGGUAUUCAAGCGAUGGUCAUCCAGGUUCAGCAAACAGGAUUAUUUGCUCAAGUGAUCAACAACACAAGUGGCUGAGAUGAACCUCUCUCAACACAGAUUUACAGUAUCAUUGUAAUCCAUCCCUUAUUUUCUUCUUCCUUCUUGUUAAAGCGGUUGAUUUAGAAAGAUGUGUCGUGUAAGAAAAUUAAAUUUGAUUUAUACGAAGCUGUUAUGUAAAUAUUUAUUUAAAUAAUAAACGAUUUAAAACAUU